AUGAAUCUAGAUCUGAAUGCCAUCACUAAAGCACUGAAUCCUCUGAAAAAGGGAUUUCCUGAGUGGAAAUCUUGGUAUUCCUUCAAAGUGAAAGAGAUGCCUGUGUUAGAUGACUCUCUGAAUCCUGCAAAUGCAAAGAAGAAGCAGGCUCCUGACUGGGGUGCGGGCGAGGAUGAAGUGAAUGCUCAUCUCAAUACCUUGAGGCCUGAAAUGUUAAUGUAUAAGAGGCACUUGAAUAAGAAUUGA